AUGACCCACGGGAACGGCGACCACGCCGCCGCGGCCGCCAACGGCUACCCCGCCAAACCCCACUCUUCCGAGCCGUCCCCGCCGAGCUUCCACGACGUGUGCGACGAGCUGCGGCAGAGGGUCGACGCCUUCCUGGCCGAGGACCAGAAGACGGAGGUGUUGCGCAAUGUCCAGGCCCAGCUGAGCGUGUCAAUGGCCGUCGUGGAAGAGGCCUUGGCAAGGUACAGCUUGGAACAGAUCUCGAUAUCGUAUAAUGGAGGAAAGGAUUGCCUCGUACUACUGAUUAUGCUUCUUGCCUGCCUCGCUCGUCGAUACCCUUCGCCGUCCAAAUCCUCCCGAACGAACGACUCGAACGGCACGACGUCCUUCCCCGACAAGUUCCAAGCCGUGUACAUCGUAUCCAAACACCCAUUUGCCGAAGUAGACGACUUCGUCGAGGCCACCAGUUCCCAAUAUUACCUAGACGUGAAACGAUACCUCAUGUCGAUGAAAGAGGGACUGGGCGCAUACCUGGAAGACCGCCCAAACGUAAAAGCCAUCUUUGUCGGGACGAGGAGAACGGACCCGCACGGAGAGAAAUUGACACAUUUUGAUCCCACUGAUUCCGGGUGGCCCGACUUUAUGCGGGUGCACCCGGUGAUUGACUGGCAUUAUGCCGAGAUUUGGGCCUUCAUUCGGCAUUUGGAUAUACCCUAUUGCCCUUUAUAUGAUCAAGGAUACACGAGUUUAGGCGGAACGCAAGAUACCCACCCCAACCCCCAGCUGAAGAAAGAAGGAGAGAGCGGCGCCAGCUUCCGGCCCGCGUACGAAUUGACGGAAGACGACGAGGAGAGGCUAGGACGUGAUAGAUAA